GGCGGGAGAAAUCUUGUUUCCCCUUCCGGCUAAUGGUGCCCUUCGGGUCUGCCUACCGGCUCCUGUCAUGAUGCGGGCGGCGAGGAAAAAGCGGUUGGGCUUGUGGUGGGCAACAGCAUUUGCUGCCUUUAUACUUGCCAUAGAUGCAUCAUUUGUGGAAGACUUAGAUGAAUCAUUUAAAGAAAAACGUAAAGAUGACAUUUGGCUUGUUGAUUUCUAUGCACCUUGGUGUGGCCAUUGCAAGAAAUUGGAGCCAGUGUGGAAUGAAGUUGGUAAAGAGAUGGGAAGUAUUGGGUCUCCAGUAAAGGUUGGCAAGAUGGAUGCAACUUCUUAUUCUAGCAUUGCCUCUGAAUUUGGAGUUCGAGGCUAUCCAACAAUUAAACUGUUGAAGGGUGACUUGGCAUACAAUUAUAGAGGACCAAGAACCAAAGAUGAUAUUGUUGAGUUUGCAAGUAGAGUUGCAGGGCCUAUUAUUCGAAAUCUCCCUAGCCAACAUAUGUUUGAGCAUGUUCAAAAAAGACAUCGCAUAUUUUUUCUGUACAUUGGUGGGGAAUCUCCAUUAAAGGAAAGAUACAUAGAAGUUGCUUCCGAACUAAUUGUUUAUACAUACUUUUUUUCUGCCUCAGAAGAGAUACUUCCCGAGCAUAUAACACUCCCUGAGAUGCCCGCUGUUCUAGUCUUAAAAGAUGGAACUUAUUUUGUGUAUGAUGAAUACGUAGAUGGUGAUUUGUCAGCCUGGGUAAAUAGGGAAAGAUUUCAAGGGUACCUUAAAAUAGAUGGAUUUACACUCUAUGAGCUUGGAGACACAGGAAAGCUAGUGGCUAUUGCAGUUAUUGAUGAUAAAAACGCUUCUGCAGACCAUGCAAGAUUGAAGUCUAUUGUUCAAGAUGUGGCUAAAAAUUACAGGGACCAGUUUCAUAGAAACUUCCAGUUUGGCUAUAUGGAUGGAAAUGAAUACAUUAAUAGUUUACUAAUGGAUGAUUUGACAAUCCCCACUAUUGUUGUCCUGAAUACAUCCAAUCAACAAUAUUUCCUAUCUCAUAAACCAGUAGAGAGCACUGAAGAUCUGGUCCAGUUCAUUAAUAAUAUUUUGGAAGGCACAGCUGGAGCAUAUGGUGGAGAUGGAAUUCUUCAACGAAUCAAGAGAAUAAUUUAUGAUGCCAAGUCUACAGUGGGAUCCGUUUUCAAGAGUUCGCCACUUCUUGGUUGUUUUCUCUUUGGUCUACCAUUGGGUGUCAUCAGCAUCAUGUGUUACGGGAUUUGCACUGCUGACUCGGGAGGAUCAGAUGAAUCUGAGACAUCUAAGAAGGAAUCCACAAGCAGGGAUCUAACUGAUGAAGGCACUGAAGAGGAAGCAGAGGAAGAAAGCAGUGAAAGUCCUGUAGAAUUUCCAGAGAGAGAGCAAGAACAGAAAAAUAUAUUGGAAAAAAAGAGAGACUAAACUGUGAAUGUUUUUUUUUCUGUAGAAUUUCCAAAUAGAGACUUAUUUAUUGAAUACAAUGAUACCUGUGAUCUUCAGAGAUAAGAACUUUUUCAUUCAUUUGUGUUAUGUGCAUGCAUUCAAGUUGCUUGACUGUGAAGAAGAAUAGGGUCGGAGUUGGGGCUUUGAGGUCUCUUAGUGUUUUUGUUCUGCAUAAAAAGGAAAUUCAAGAGAGUAGGUGGGUUAUUUUAUAUAAUGAAUUCUGAGUUGGGUGAAAAAAAACCCUCAUUUCUUUUUGGAUACUGAUAUGUACAUUUAAAAACAAUUUUUCCAUUAUGGCCAAAAUUUUCUUUCUUUCCUUCCUUCCUUCCUUCCUUCCUUCCUUCCUUCCUUCCUUCCUUCCUUCCUUCCUUCCUUCCUUUCCCCUGCAAUAAAACCUAUAAAUACUGAGUUGUAGAAAUCUUUUACAGGAAAUAUGCUUUGAGAUAUUACAUAUUUUAGUGGCUAUACUUUCAAAACAGUAUUUUUUUUUAUUUUUUAAGAAAAUACUUUAGAAUUUCUCUUUAGAAAAUGGGAUAGCUAAAGAGAAGUAUCCCUGGUUUUAAAGAUAUAGAAAUAGCAUUUAUUUACUUACUUUCUGUUUGCUCUUUCGGUCCAGUUGGUUACUUUUAUAUUAUAUUGGUCCAAUGUGUUAAAUCUUUUUCCUUUACAGGAAGUUUCCCUAUAUUUUAUCCAUAAUCUCAGGAUUCUGUUUGUUAAUUGCUGCACUAGCACAAUAGUUUGGUGAAUGUGGCUUCUGCAUAGUUAAUUGCAAAUCUUUUUUUUAACUUUAAACAAUAUUUAAGCUAUUUAAUAAAACCCUUGCUUUGGUUUCUGCAGCUGAAAAGAAAUCUUAAUAUUUUAUUGACUUACUUACAUUGAAAAUUCACUUGACAUCUUCAUAUGGCCAGCAUUUUUUUUAAAAAAGAAUACUUUUUGCCGUAUGUUUAAUUAUAUAUAUCAUCCCUCGUACUGUCCCAUGAUAUGAAUAGGGACCAUGUCUCCAAGGUUGAGAUCUCAAAGGAUAAGCCAUAAGGUUAUACUUGGAAUAUUGAAACCAUGGUGAUUGCCAUAGCAAUCAAGCUUAUGCUGAUGAUUUUUAAGACUAUGGCUGUAUAACAUUCAGUUUAACAACUGAAAAUAAAAAAUUGUAACCUUAUGUCUCAUAAUGGAAUACUUGGCUUUAAUCAGCACAGUUUCUUAUAUACCUUGCCAAAUAAAUAUUAAGUUUAAUGUUUUUUUUUAAUAAAAAAAUACGACAUUAGGGCUAAGGAAUUUUCUGCUUCCUACUUCAAUUAAUUUCCUUAUCUAUAACAAAUUCUAACUCUAGAAUUACUCUAAAGCAAAGUUGUCAAACCUAAUUCUUUGUCAUACAGUAUUCUAUUAAUUGGAAGGAAAUUAUACAAUUGUUAUUGCAGUUGUUUUGAAAAAGAAACAUACACACUUUUUAGAAGAACCCCUUUCCUUUCCUUGGUCUUUAAAUUUUUUUUUAUAGUUCUUGUGUUUUCAUACCAAGUACUUUUACUAGGAGUUACUAUCUUUCCAAAGAAUAAAUGGUUUUCUUCUAAAUAUAGUCAAUGGAAAUAUUUUAACUAUUACUGCUGGGUUAUAUAUAAAAUGGUUUAUUUUUAUUGAAGCUUAUUGAAAAUUCAACUAGUCAGUGAAUGUAGAAAUAUUUUAUAAAUAUUUUUCCCCUCAGGUGUUUCAGACAUCUGUUCAAAUCUAGCUUUGACCCAUGUAGCAGAGAUCACGCCUAAUUGCUUCAAAAUAGUUGCUCAAAAUGCCAAAGGAUAGUUUGUAGUUCUGCACAUGAUGCCUGUUGCCCAGUGCAGUUUAAAGGGAAUUAUAGGUCUCUUUUGUUACUACCGUUUCUGUGCCCAUUAGAUAUUCUUAAUCAGCUGCUGAGUGUCUCAAACAAUAACAUUUAGGCUAAAUAUAGUUUAUCAUUUUUCCUUUUGAAUAACUAAACUUCCAGAUAUUUACUAAACUGAAAUAUAUUCCCAUUUUCACUUGCAACGUUUUUUACAUUAUAAUAAUUAAAAUGAAAAGCCUCUGGUAUAAAACAAAGUGAGCGAUCACAUGAAGUGCUUCACUCAGUAGCUAUUAUGACUUGAAUCGGAAGUGCUCUAAUAACUUAAAUCUAAAAUAAACAUUAUCAAGUAUAAAUUGGUUGUUUGUGUUGGGGGAGGUAUAUACUGUAUAAUAACAAAGGCUGGUACUGCAUUUAUGUGUAUUUUGGCACUAAUUUUUCUAAUAAAGGAUAUAAGAUUC